AUGAUGAAGGUUAUGAAACUGUUUGGAAAUUUUGGGAAUGCUAGUAUGAGAAGUAUUGUAGAGCAUUACAUACUCACGCGAUGGAUGUUGGAGGCGAGAAAGAAAGAGGUUGUUGAUGUGGAUUUUUCAGUUGGUCCUUUAGCUGCCGCCACUGAGAAUGAUGCGGGAAAAGGUAUAGCAAUGAGGUACCGAGAAACCACUAUAAUGUUGAAUCAACUAGCAAUGAACCUGUCGAUGGCUGGUGAGAAAGACUACAACAAGUGGAUGGGAGCACUCAAGAAAGUGUGCAAUGAGGCAUACUAG